AGGGGACGGGAAACUGGACGCUGUGUGAUUGGCUGCUAUCGGUUGACGUCACCUCCGCUUUGACGCGAUGCACCCAUUCACAAAAAAAAGGAAAAAAGAGAAACAAUCCACACUGGAAGAGGGAGAGGGAGAAAGAAAGAGGUGACCGGACUGCGCGCGAGGAGUAGUGCGUUUACAAUGCGCGGAUAGAGGGAAUCCACCGCAGGAUCCGAAGUUUGGAGGGCGGUGCGGCCACACAGCGACAGAGACAGACAGAGGAAAUAACCGACCGUGAAGCCUACACACGCAGCCUGAAAACGAGGUGCUAUGGAGGACCUACGCGAGAUGGACUGCCCGGUGGUGAAGCGGUUCUUAAAGGACGACAGCGCUAAGUGCCUGCUGCUGGACUGCCGCUCCUUCCUCGCCUUCAACGCGGGACACAUCCGCGGAGCCGUCAACGCCCGCUGUAACACCAUCGUCCGCCGCAGGGCCAAGGGCUCCGUGCUCAGCCUGGACCAGAUACUGGCCGGGGACGAGGAGGUCCGUGGGCGCCUCCGCUCCGGGAUGUACUCCGCCGUGGUGCUGUACGACGAGAGGACGCCGGACUCCGAUACGGUGAAGGAGGACAGUACACUGACUCUGGUUCUCAACGCAGUGUGCAGUGACUCCUCCGGCACACAUAUAUACCUGCUCAAAGGUGGAUACGACAGGUUUUUCUCAGAGUACCCAGAGUUUUGUAUAAAGACCAAAUCCUUACCGACCCUCACCAGCCAGUCCAGCAUCGACUCUGCCUGCUCGUCGUGUGGGACGCCGCACCACGACCAGGGUGGCCCAGUUGAGAUCCUCCCGUUCCUCUACCUUGGCAGCGCCCUUCACGCCUCAAAGAAGGAGGUUUUGGACGCCAUAGGAAUCUCCGCCUUGCUGAACGUGUCCGCCGACUGUCCCAACCACUUCGAGGGGGCGUACCAGUACAAAUGUAUUCCCGUGGAGGACAACCAUAAAGAGGACAUCAGCUGUUGGUUCCUGGAGGCUAUUGAGUUCAUAGAUUCAGUACGGGACUCCAAUGGGCGAGUUCUCGUCCACUGUCAAGCGGGCAUCUCCCGCUCCGCCACCAUCUGCCUGGCCUACCUGAUGAAGAGGAAGCGAGUUCGUUUGGACGAAGCCUUCGAGUUUGUGCGCCGGCGUCGCAGCAUCAUCUCCCCCAACUUCAGCUUCAUGGGCCAGCUGCUUCAGUUCGAGUCGCAGCUCCUUGCAACCUCGUGCGGCGCCGAAGCAGCCGCCACGGCGAGCCCGCUGCUCGGACCCAAGUCCUCAACGACGACCACGGCCACGUCGGCCACGCCCACCUCUCCAUUCAUUUUCAACUUCCCCGUGUCUGUGGUGAACCCCGCAUACCUGCAUCACAGCCCGAUCACGACCUCCCCCGGCUGCUGAUGGAUAGCCAAUCGCAGCCUUUCCCCAAAUGACUAACUCAGAACAGACUGGGCUGCCAUUGGCUGGAAGAGCUGUCAGUCUUAAUGGCCGCUGCAGUAUGUACACUUCCGGGGCAGGGGGGUGAGAAGCGACACGGUGCCUGAUUCAAAACUCAAAAGACUGAAACAAAACUUUUUACAGUUACAGAAACCAGCCAACGCUCCUUACAUUUUAACACAAGGUUUCUUCAAAUUGACCAAAAAUGAACUGGCUUUCAAAACUCGAGUGUUGGACUGAUGUUUACUGAACACACACCCUCCACCUUGAACAACAACAACAUGCACAGGGGCACACUGACAAGAGCAGCAGCAAACACUCUUUUGCUCUGCCUCACACACACACACACACACACACACACACACACACACACACACACACACACACACACACACACACACACACACACACACAUGCACACGCACACAUUCAUGACUACCAACUGAAUAAGCUCAGUAUGAAGACAGUGUCUGUUGCUAUGGAGACGACAGGUCUUUAGGAGAGGAGAUGGACACAGGAAGGAAGGAGGAAUUUUAAGCACCCGCUCUUUCCCCUUUGGGUGUCCCUCCUGUUGCCAGACAAAAGAGAUGGAUGGAAAAAAGAGGGGAGGAGACAGUGAUAGAAAGCAGGAGCCUCUUCCGUGACAGGUGCUCCGACCGGAGCUUCCUGUCUUUCAUACGUCCUCUUCCUCUCUCUGUCUCCCCCCCCCCACACCUUCCUCUCCUCUCAUCCCCCCCCCCUUUCAUCCUUUUUUAUUCCUUCCUUCCUCUCAUCUCUGCCUCUCAUCUUCACCCCGUCCGCCUCCUCUGCUCCUCAUCUCCUCACUGAAGAGGCUAAAUAAAAAAAAUAAGAUGCCAAAUAAAGGCCAGGGCCCUUGUAAAUGGAUUGGCAAACCCAACUGCAGGCCCCUGAUACACAUUGAAGUAGACCACUUCUACUACAUUACAAAUAAGUUGUUUUGGACGAAAGGGCUGAAAGACAAAAGCUGUAACAGAAUGACGUCGUCACAACAUUUCUGUGGUGAUUUUCCUUUUAGAUUAGAGGGCAGAUUUUGGAGACAGCUACUUAAAGUACCAUUCUGCUGGUUUUGUUUGGUUUAACACAUAAAUAAUUUACUCCUUACUGUUAGCCAUUUUCCAAAACGCAUAACUUUUAGCCUUUUUUUCAGUUAUUUUGUGCAAGUUUAUUUUCAUAGCAAAAGAGCUGAAAACAUCGGCUCCUAUAGGAUGCUUUGAAAAAAUGUAUUUUCUUUUAGUUAAUGGGCUAAAAUGUGCAUCACCAGCGAAUGAUGCUUUUCUUUGAAGAUGUUUGUGCCUUGUUCAUAAAGGUGCAGUACAGACUCUUAUUCCAUUUAUUUAAUCUGUUUAAUGUCUAAAUAGCAAUAGCUUCUCUCUUCAUGUCUCACACUCACAGAUGGACACAAACAUAAUGUACUGUAUUUGAGUGAGUCCAUAUUUGACAUUGUACUAACAGUGAAUUCAACCUUUUGAAAUAGAAAUUGUUCAGGAUGGCAAAACUUAAAAAAAAAAAGAAUAUUCACAGCAGUGUUUUCAAAAGCUACGAAGACAAAUGCCCAUAACCAUGAAUAGACACUUAUACGUUAACAUAAAAUAAUGAGAAUUUAAUCAUGACAAUUAGACAGAAAUUGAAUUUGUGAAGUGUGCUUCGACAUCUUAAAUAUGGGUGAAUUUGAGACAUUUUAGAGAAUUGUUUUUUAUCCUGGUGGCUAUAUAUUUUCAAAGACAGGUCAUUCCAACAUGAGUGUUUUACACUCAUCUUACCAAACAUCAGGGACCCUCAGUGUUGUUCCUUGUGAGGGGAAUCCAGGUUAAAACACAAUCACUGAUGGAUUUCACUUUAUAACUCCAUACUGAAAGAAAAGAGUGAUGGCGGGGAAAACACUUUGGGCUUUCAGACCAUAAUCCAAAAACAGGAAGUUGAUCUUUUAUAAUUCAGUUGCAAUACUGUACUUACAAUCCACUCAAGGACAAUAGCAGUGACUUUGUAGGGCAUCAUGUCAUAUUUUCACAAUGUCACUAUUUGAGACAAUGUUUGUAUUGCUUCUGCUUUUGACUAGGCUAAGCUUUACACUCUGUGCUAGACAUCCAAAGGCACAAAGUCCAACCAUGGUUGCUUUUAUACCCGGGUCCUAGCGUACACACGACAGAUACACAAGCACACACACAUAUACACACACAGGGUUUCAAAGAAAACAAACCUUUUUCUGUUUUUGAAGAUUGUCGGCACCUAUCUCUGUAGCACUUUGAAGUGAUGCAAUACUGUAUUUAUAAUUUAUGAUUGAUUUGCACAUCAUGGUGAUGGUAGACUGACUAGACUCUUUAGACACCUGUUGUCCAUGUAGAGAGAGACAGAGCAAAAAAAGAGAGGCAAUCAGUGAAAAACGCAAUACUUUGUACACAUCUGUGUGGUAAUCGUCUAUUUGUCUGUCUGUCAGUCUGUCUGCCUCUCUGCGUCAGUCCAUCCGUCUAGACUGUCUCUCUGUCUGGUCGAUGCUCUUUACCCAUCAUGGCAAUAUCAAUCCUCCACAUUUAUAUUAAAAAAACAAAAAAACUUUCCCUCAAUUUUAUUGUGGAAUGAAUGAUCUGUACAUUUAUUUAUUUAUUACUGAAGAUCCACUGUUGAAUAAAACAUGUUCUUAAUUAA